AUAAAGACCAAAACAGUUUCUUCUUUAUGGUUUCCCACCGUUAAGGCGUAGACGCGAAGUUUUUCAAACGACAACGAUCCAUCACCCCCUGCACUUUCUCUCCCAUUUCCAAUUUUCUCGGUGAAUUUUCUCUCACUUUCCGGCAUUCUUCCCAAACAGAAAGUUUCCGCUUCGGCUUCGGCUUCUUCUCCUCACGAGCUUGCAUUUUGAUCUUCUUCGGCUGCUUCCGCGUUCGGAUCUGCCAAUCCAGUCCAGUCCAGUCCAGUAGCUUGCUUCUUGAUUCAAUCGAUUCGAGAACUGUUUGGUUGCCGGGAAAGUUGACUAUUCAACCAGAAUCGAGCUUAGCAUUUGUAUUUGCCGUUUCUAGUCACAAGACGAUCGGAGAGCAAGUCUCUGGUGUUUCUGGAAAUAGCCUGGGAAGCAAAGUGGAUUUUGAUUCCAGAUAAUAUGCGAUCGAAACGAUUGAAGUUGGACCUUGAGAAUUAUAUUGUGGUAGUGUCUCUGGAGGAUAAAUUUGUUGGCAGAACCAUAGUUGGUUUCUCUUUGGAUGGCAGUGGGAAAAGGAAGAUGUGAAACGUUUACUUGACACUUGACAGAAGUAGAGAUCCUUCCACGUAUACAUCUUGUGACCUGUUUAUCUCUUACUGAAGAUCCUUAGCUAUUUGCGUUUGGCAGAUCAUUCUUCUCUCUCUGUAUAAGCACCUGGUCUCUUUGGAUUUUCCUGCGAGGGGUUGACGUUUAUUGAUUCAUGCACGUGAUUACCAAAUGGUGUUAAUUGGGCUUCAUGAUGAGCAAUAACUUGGGAAAUUGGGCUCAGAGCUGUUGAUUAAAUUUUGUAAUCACCAGAAUGAAGAAAUCGUAUGGCAUUAUUGUGGCUGCAUGUCUAUUCAUGAUGCUAGUUUUGAGAUAUGGCAUCUUAAACUAUCCCGCUGGGGAUAGUUUCUUAAGCAAUGCACUCUACAUCAAUACUAGUAAUCCUCUUGAAUGGUUAAAUACUACUCUACCUGCAGUUCAGAAUCGAGAGAAUGCUUCUGAAGUGAUUUCUGCCGAGAUUAUAGUCUUUAGCCUCUUUGCUCAGAGGAAUGUAUCCAAUGAAGAGCAGCAAACGAUGCAGACGUGGAACCUUUUGAAACACCUGAUUAAUCAAACUCGGGGUUUGCCUAAUGCGGUGGAUGCUAUAAGGGAAGCUGGAGUUGCAUGGAAUAGUCUUAUGGCUUCGGUUGAAGAGCAAAGACUUGGUUAUACAAACGAAAGUUCACCUGGGAAAACAAAAGAAAAACAGUGUCCUCAUUUUCUUAAUAAAAUGAACGGGACAGGAGUCGACAAUAGUGUUUCUAAGUUGCGGGUCCCUUGUGGCCUAACCCAAGGUUCUUCAAUUACAGUUAUUGGCAUUCCGAAUGGACUUCUUGGAAAUUUUCGAAUUGAAUUAAUGGGCGAGCCUCUUCCGGGGGAGCCCGAUCCACCUGUAAUAUUGCAUUAUAAUGUUAGGCUAAGCGGUGAUAAGGUAACUGAGGACCCUGUAAUUGUCCAGAACACCUGGACUGUUGCUCAUGAUUGGGGUGAAGAAGAGCGUUGCCCAUCUCCAACUCCUGAAAAGAACAAUAAGGUGGAUGAGUUGGACCAGUGCAACAAGAUAGUCGGAAAAACUGAAGAGCAGAGAAUACGUUCCAAUGUUUCAAGGCAGGCUUCAACUGCACAAGAUGGAUCAAAGUCCAGAAGAUACUUUCCAUUUAAGCAAGGUUAUCCAUUUGUUGCUACACUUAGAGUGGGUUCAGAAGGAAUCCAAAUGACCGUUGAUGGGAAGCAUCUAACGUCUUUUGCAUUCCGCGAAACAUUGGAGCCAUGGCUUGUCAGUGAAUUAAGGAUAUCUGGAGACUUGAAAUUAAUUUCUGUCCUAGCCAGCGGUUUACCCACGUCAGAGGAUUCAGAGCACAUAAUUAAUUUACAAGAACUCAAAUCUGCUCCUCUCUCGCCUCACAAACAAAUGGAUCUCUUUAUUGGUGUUUUCUCUACCGCAAACAAUUUUAAACGACGGAUGGCUGUUCGAAGAACAUGGAUGCAGUAUGCUGCUGUACGAUCAGGGGCAGUUUCAGUGCGCUUUUUUGUUGGUUUGCAUAAGAACCAAAUAGUGAAUGAGGAACUUUGGAAAGAGGCACAAACCUAUGGAGACAUACAGCUGAUGCCUUUUGUUGAUUACUAUGGCCUCAUUACCUGGAAAACUCUGGCCAUCUGCAUCUUUGGGACGGAGGUUGUUUCAGCAAAGUUUGUCAUGAAGACGGAUGAUGAUGCAUUUGUUCGUGUGGAUGAAGUGCUAGCUUCCUUACACAGGAUAAAAGUGAAUCGUGGCUUGCUUUAUGGCCUCAUUAACUCAGAUUCCCGACCUCAUCGAAAUCCAGACAGCAAAUGGUAUAUCAGCUCUGAGGAAUGGCCCGAAGAGACUUACCCACCUUGGGCACAUGGUCCUGGUUAUGUGGUAUCGAAUGACAUAGCAAAGACAGUUUCCCAGCGAUAUAAAAACGGCAGAUUAAAGAUGUUUAAGCUGGAAGAUGUGGCGAUGGGAAUCUGGAUUGCGGAUAUGAAAAAGGAAGGUCUGAAUGUACGGUAUGAGAAGGAAGAGAAGGUCUACAACGAAGGGUGCAAGGACGGGUAUGUCGUUGCACAUUACCAAGGUCCCAGGGAGAUGCUUUGUCUCUGGCAGAAAAUUCAAGAAGGGCAAGUUGCUAAAUGCUGUGGUGGUGAUAGGUAGACACAAUUAGAUCAUUCGUUCCAUAUUGGAACCUUUUAGUUAAGAGUUUCACGAUCAACCUCCGAAGCUGAAGAGAGAAAUCUUGGUAGCCCGAUCAUUUUGUCGAGAGUAGAUGACCGAGAUUGACCAGAGCCGAGACCCUACCAAGGCACUAACUAAGAGAGGAGAUGGUCAUCUUAGUAACGAGCUUACUAUUACUGUAUAUUUUAGGUGUGCCAUAGGAUAUAGUAUGACAGAGGAGAGGUGGAGAGAUCUGUUGAUGUGUAGAAUCCGCGCAGAGUAGCAUUAGCGUUAUUUUCGCACUCUUGGCUCUUUCCAUUUGCAUCCGAUACUUUUUUUGCAGUAAUUCAAUGGAAAAUACAGAAAAAUAGA